CUAUCGGCAAUAAGAAUCGCUUCAGUACGUAAAACUACAAAAUGUACAGCAAAAUUAUCCCUUCCGCUCUGGUUAUUUUCAGUUUGCUGGUGAUAAGUGAGAGCAAAGUGAAACAACCUUCAAAUUUGGACCAAUAUUAUGAUUGCUUUAACCAUGCUGAGUGCGAAGUAGAUAUGUCAGACUCUGACAGUAUAUUCACAUGUUUCGAUAAGCUGUCUGACAAGCAAUUGCAGCCCAUAUUUAAAUAUGUGAACGAUACUUACGUCGAAUAUCAUACCGAUAGUGUACCAGAAGCAGUCCAAGAGUAUUGCAAUCUAUCUGGAGACUUCCAAAAACAAGUAUAUAAAGCAACCGUUAAGGGUAUUUUCAGUUACCAGGAUAUGAAAUGCGAUCAAUCAAUGGAGGAUGAAUGCGAUAAUGCUGAAACCUUAUUGAAAUGCUUCCUGAACCUCUUCAAAAAUCUGCAGAAGAUGGACUAUUGUUGAGUAAACCAAUGAGGAAGAUGUAUUCCGAAAGUGAUUUUUGUUCCGGUAACAAAAUAAUAAGCCAUUGUUGAAAUUCGUUUCGUAUUUCCAAAAAUUAUUUUGAUAUUUUCAAUAAUAAAAUUUAGUUUAUUAUUAA